AUGAAUGCUAGUGGCCCAGGAUAUCCUCUAGCCUCUCUCUAUGUGGGUGAUCUUCAUCCAGAUGUGACUGAAGCUAUGUUGUAUGAGAAGUUUUCACCUGCUGGAUCCAUCAUGUCCAUCAGAGUUUGUCGAGAUGUUUCCACACGACGAUCUCUAGGUUAUGCUUACAUAAAUUUUCAACAGCCUGCUGAUGCUGAACGGGCUUUGGACACCAUGAAUUUUGAAGUCAUAAAAGGUCGGCCCAUUCGUAUCAUGUGGUCCCAGCGAGAUCCCGGACUCAGGAAAUCAGGUGUCGGCAAUAUUUUCAUCAAGAAUCUGGAUGAUUCCAUUGAUAACAAAGCCUUAUAUGAUACAUUCUCAGCUUUUGGAAAUAUUCUUUCUUGCAAAGUUGUUUGUGAUGAGAAUGGAUCUAGGGGUUAUGGCUUCGUCCAUUUUGAGACCCAGGAAGCAGCAAAUAGAGCAAUUGAUACAAUGAAUGGAAUGCUGCUAAAUGAUCGCCAGGUAUUUGUUGGCCACUUUAAGUCCCGCCGAGAGCGUGAAGCAGAAUAUGGAGCCAAAGCAAUGGAAUUCACUAAUGUCUAUAUUAAAAACUUUGGAGAGGACAUGACUGAUGACAGGCUGCAAGAAAUAUUCUCAAAAUUUGGAAAAACUUUGAGUGUCAAAGUCAUGAUAGAUAAUACUGGCCGCUCAAGAGGAUUUGGUUUUGUCAAUUUUGAGAAGCAUCAAGAUGCUCAGAAGGCCGUUGAACAGAUGGAUGGAACUGAGAUCAAUGACCGAACAGUAUUUGUUGGCAGAGCCCAAAAAAGGAUGGAGCGACAAAAUGAGCUGAAGCGUAAAUUUGAACAAAUCAAGCAGGAAAGAAUGAACCGAUAUCAGGGAGUAAACUUGUAUGUAAAGAACUUGGAUGAUGGCAUUGAUGAUGAGCAUUUGAGAAAAGAAUUUUCACCCUAUGGAACCAUCACAAGUGCUAAGGUAAUGACGGAUGGCGGACACAGCAAAGGUUUUGGGUUUGUAUGUUUUUCUUCCCCAGAAGAAGCGACCAAGGCUGUGACAGAAAUGAAUGGACGCAUCAUCAGCACUAAGCCUUUGUAUGUUGCCCUCGCCCAACGGAAAGAGGAGAGAAAAGCCAUUCUCACUAACCAAUACAUGCAGAGGAUGGCCUCCAUGAGGGCCUUUCCCGGGCCUCUGCUGUGUUCCUUUCAUCCUUCUGCUGGCUACUUCCUGCCCUCAAUUCCACAGCAACAAGCUAGAGCUACUUUCUACAGUCCUAGCCCCGUUGCCCCGGUCCGCCCAGCCCCUCGCUGGAAUACUCACUCUUGCAGGCCUCCUUCAGCCUAUCAUGCAGCUACUCCAAUGAUAAGAACUAAUGGACCCCCUCGCCGCCUCCUCUCCAACAUCAGCACUAUGAGACAAGCCUCAACUCAAGUUCCCAGAGGACCAUCCACUGGUCAGAGAGUGGUCAACAUUGGAACCCAGACCACUAGUGCAAGACUAUCCUCUUCUCCAACUUUCUCACGUGGUAUCUCGCAGUACAAGUAUUCUUCAACUGUGAGGAAUGUCAACCCUUUGGGCGCAGUAACAUCUCUGCCAAUGCAACAGGCUGUAGAACCAAUCGUCCAUGGACAGGAGCCUUUGACCACAUCCAUGUUGGCUGCAGCCCCUCCUCAAGAACAGAAACAAAUACUUGGUGAACGUCUCUAUCCUCUAAUUCAUGCAAGGCACCCCACCCUGGCUGGGAAGAUUACAGGCAUGCUGUUGGAGAUAGAUAAUUCUGAUCUGCUACUUAUGCUGGAGUCACCAGAAUCCCUUCAGUCUAAGAUCGAGGAAGCAGUAGCUGUGCUGCAAGCCCAUCAGAUCUCUGAAGCAACCCACAAGAGAAGUUCAAUGGCAUUUCUCCCCUGACGAAGGAAAAAAGGAAAACGGACAAUCCCCACUGAAGAGGACAAAACCUUCAUGUUACCAGAGAUUUUGUGAAUAUCUCUUUAAACUAGUUGUUCUUGCAAAAAUCUAGCCUGAUUUGAA